AUGGCUGAGAAUACAGAGGCCAGCAAGGCCAGCCAAGAACUACCCCCUGCAACUGAAUCUACACACCAUGAACCAGAUUCUCCUGAGCAACGAGCUGCGAAACGACUUAAGGUGGACGGUCCAGCUGACUCAAAGGAUGGCGCAAAUUCAUCUGAGGUAACUCACGCGGAGGCGUCUCAAGGCGCCCAGACGAAUGGCAACGACGAGACAGCCUCGAAGCCCGCUGCACCAGCAGAUCGUCGUUCUGGGGUGGCACCAGUUAAGAAAGAAUACCUCAUUGAUGUAUCUGCGUUGAAAAGCUCAAACACGGACAUGGUGGAUGACGACGCAGCUGAAGGUCGAGUUGACGCAAGGGACAGCAGAGAUAGUAGAGACACUAGAGAUGGCAGGGACAGCAACGGAGUUGGCAGAGGGAAAAGGGCCAAAAAGGAGAAGCGAAAGAAGGGUCAGAACACUGAGCGCUCCUUCGGUCGUUUCGGAGACUCAAUUCAACUCUGCAACAGCCGGGCCAUGUAUCCCGAGUUUUCACCACACCCUUGCAAAUUCGGCGACGACUGCCGCAUGUCCCAUGACCUGCGAAAGUAUCUCGAGGAAGGACGUCGUGGGGAUGUUGAGACUCUUGGAGGUAAAUGUCCCGUCUUCGAGGAGUAUGGUGUCUGUUUCUCUGGCUGGAAAUGCCGAUUCGUUAAGAGCCACAUGAAGGAGGUUGAGCACGAGGACGGACGAAAGGAGCUGGUUCUGAUCGACAACUCGACCAAGCCAAAAUCCAAUGGCGAAAAUGGAACCGAAACCAAUGGCACGAAACCAACUCACGUUUCUGGGGUCGAUGAGGUAGAUGAGCGCCGCCCCGGCAUCUACAACAAUGUCCCCAUGACCACCAAGAUUGAACUGAACCGGAAGCGAAUCGAAUUCACCGAGGCAGACAAAUACAUCAAAUGGAUGAACGACGAAGCCACUCUCAACAAUGAGUUCCACCAUCGGCGUAAGGACCAGUCCAACGAAGGCAUCGAGGACCUACGUGCCAAAUUUAUCGACCCUCCCUUUAAGCCGUCCGAAAAGCGUCGACUGUACUUCGGCCCCGAGACCCCUACCCUCGCACCACUCACCACCCAGGGCAACCUCCCAUUCCGUCGUCUCUGCGUAGAGCUCGGCUGCGAACUGACCUACUCGGAAAUGGCCAUGAGCAUGCCUCUCCUCCAAGGCACCAAAGCUGACUGGACGCUCCUCAAGGCCCACGAAUCCGAGGUCCAACCACCAGCCUUCAAACCCAGCAGUAACAACUUCGUCUUUGACAAUUAUGACCACUCUCGCGAUCUGCGAUUCGGCGCCCAAAUCUCCGGCAACCAGCCAUGGGUCGUCACCAAAGCUGCCGAUGUCCUCAACCGCUACUGCCCUCACCUCCGGCUCAUCGACCUCAACUGCGGCUGUCCAAUCGACAUGGUCUUCAAGUCCGGCGGCGGCUCUGCCCUCCUCGAGUCCCAAGGCAAGCUCGAGCGCAUGAUUCGCGGCAUGAACGCCAUGUCCGGCGAGAUCCCCAUCACCGCCAAGAUACGAACUGGCGUGAAGUCAUCUCGCCCAACUGCACCCACCAUCAUCUCCAAACUGGCCUUUGGCUCGCGCGAGCACCGCGAACGUCUCGGUGCCCCUGGAUGCGCCGCCAUCACCCUCCACGGCCGCAGCCGCGAGCAGCGAUACACCAAACGCGCAGACUGGAGCUACAUUGGCGAGUGUGCCGCCCUCAUCAAGACCUACAAUGAGCAAAAGGAAGCUCUCACCGAUACCGCCGCCGAACCCGACCCCAGCACUCUCCCCAACUCCAAGGACGGAAGGAUAUACUUCCUCGGAAAUGGCGACUGCUACUCCCACACAGAGUACUUUGAGCACAUUUCCAAAGCUCACGUCGACACCGUCAUGAUUGGUCGCGGGGCCCUCAUCAAGCCCUGGCUCUUUGAAGAGAUUCAACAGGGCCAGUACCUCGACAAAUCUGCCACCGAGCGUCUCACGUACAUUGAAAAGUUUGUUCGCUACGGCCUCGAUGCUUGGGGAUCAGAUGAGCUCGGCAUCGGAUUCACUCGCCGUUUCCUCCUGGAGUGGCUGAGCUUCGCUCAUCGCUACAUACCCGUGGGACUGCUGGAAGUCUUGCCGCCCAGUUUGAAUGACCGUCCACCAGCGUAUACCGGCAGAAACGAGCUGGAAACACUGAUGGCGAGUGGUAACUACAAGGAUUGGAUCAAGAUUACGGAAAUGUUUUUGGGACCCGUUCAUCCUGGCUUUGAGUUUCAGCCUAAGCACCGGUCAAAUGCUUAUGAAGCAGAAGGUUAA